GAAUAUGUUUAUUAUUAUAUAUAUUUUGAUAAUAUUAAAAGCGCCACCUAUAUGUGUUUUCCUUGACAACAACAAUGGCGGACCAAGAGGAAGCUGCACCUGUGACAGAGACAACAGAAGAGACUACAGCCGGGACAGACGAAGCACCUGCUGAACAACCAGCUCCUGAACCAGAAACUACUGAAGAAACGACAGCAGAAAAUACAGAGGAAAACAAACCAGCUGAUGCAGUAGAGGGGGAACAGACAGAAGAACAACCAACAGAACAGUCUACUGAACAACCAACAGAACAGUCUACUGAACAACCAACAGAACAGUCUACUACUGAACAACCAACAGAAGGAGAGGGAGAUGAGGCUAAACAGGAAACACAAGAUGAUAAACCACAGACUGAAGGUGAAGAGGGUGAGCAAAAGACAGAAGGUGAAGAAGGAACUGAAGUACAAGAACCAAAAGAGGGAGAAGAAGUGAAGGAAGGUGAGGAGACUGAAGCUAAGGAAAAUGAAGAAACUGCUGAAACUAAGGAGGGAGAUGAAGAGGCUGAAACCAAAGAGGGAGAAGAAGGAGCUGAACCUAAAGAAGGUGAAGAAGGGGCUGAAACCAAAGAGGGUGAGGAAGGAGCUGAACCUAAAGAGGGUGAAGAAGGAGAAAAAAAGGAAGAUGGUGAAGAGCGCGAAGGUGGAUCACCUGUACCUCAGAGUGAUACAUUUGCUGCUGGUGAACGAGCAGAAAGUCCUAUAGGUGUUGGAGAGAAGUUGUCAAGAGAAGGGAGUCCUACCCAGGAGGCUGAAGGGGUACCACAGCCAGAUCCUGGUGUCCUUGAACCAGGAACACCUGAAAGAUCAAGGCCAGCUUCACAAGCUGACGAGCAUGACAAACACCUAGAAACAUUUCAGGAGGAACAGGAAGAGGAAGAGGAGGAAGAAGAGGAGGAGGAGGAGGAAGAGGAACCAGAAUUUGACAGAGAAGCAUUGAUGGAGAAAUACUAUGCCACAAUUACUGAAAGAGAAAAACUUCAACAACAGAACUACCAACUCCAACACAAACUUGCGGAACUGUUCCGUAAGAAGAAAGCAGAUGAAAAUCGUCAAGAUUAUGACAAAAAUGCUAAUGAUCAGGAUUCCAAAUAUGUGAAAUACAUGGCACAAUUGGAUGAACUGCGCAAACAAGAUAUGUUAGAACGGGAAAACUAUGAGGUCCAGAUUGAAGAACUGAAAGAUAAAUGUGAACACAAGAAAGAAAUGGUGGAUGAAGAGAGGAAACGCUUCAUGGAAUUCAAAAAGCAUGUAGCUCUCAAUUCUGUCAGUAACAGAUCAGGCAAACCCAUUCCACCUAAGGAUAUCGACCAGUACUUAUCUAAUGAAAUGAAGAAGGAGUCAGAGGUUGUGAAUGUUCGCUUAGAAAACAUCAAACUGAAAAAUAAAUUAAAGAAAAAGGAGAUGCAGCUGAAAUCUAAGGAGGAGCUGGCCGAGAAUCUUCACCUCAUUGAUUUUGAACAGUUGAAAAUUGAAAAUCAAACAUAUAAUGAAAAGAUUGAGGAAAGAAACGAGGAGUUACUGAAGCUGAGGAAAAAGAUAACUAGUACUGUUCAGGUAUUAACUCACCUCAAGGAAAAGUUACAGUUUGUACAGGCCGAGAACCAGGUCCAAAAGACAACACUGAGGGAGGUCGAGUCAGAGGCUGCCAUGAAAAGAGAUAUAUUAUCAAGAACAAAGCAGGCAAGAGAUGCACUGCGGAUAGACAACCAGAGACUGCGUCAAAACUGUGGUUUACUAGGCAAUGAGUCAUUGCUCCGUGAUUUCGAGGAGAGAAAGGACGAGGGAGAUGAUCUGAGACACAGACUAGAAAGUUUAAAAAUGGAACAUGCAGAAUUAACAUUAAACUGUAAUCAAGUGCGAAGGAAAAUAGAACAGGCCAGAGCCUCUCAUGGAUAGAAACCAGCACUUCACUUCACAAGUCUUUCAUCAAAAACUUUCAUUUGUCACUUGUAAAUAAUUGUACUACUAUGUACAUAACCAUCAUGUUUAUAAAACAAUUGUAUAUAAUUUGUGAAAAUAUGUACAUAAAUAUAAUGUGCAUGACAGAAAAUGAUAAAAAUAUAUUGAUCAUGAUGCAUCAAG